GUCCACCCUCCAACAAUCGUCCAAACCCAAGUUGAAGGUGGCUCCACCCUCUUCAACUUCAACUACUUUGGUGAGGACGCCUACCUGACACAGUCGAGCCAGUUGUACCUCGAGACCUGCAUCCCCGCUGUUGGUGACUGCUUCUGCAUGGUUCGCAGCUAUCGCGCAGAAAAGGUAUGA